UAAGAAUUUCUACUUAUCAUUUUUGGGGGUUUUUUAAUUGUGUAAAUCAAUUUGGACAUAAAGAUUGUUCCCGAGAGGAAUGAAGUAAUUCUGUUCGCCGGUUUUAAUAUUAUCUAUAAAACAUCGCAAUCCGGGACCAUCGGGAGUCGGCAGUACUAGAUUUACCGCCCACCGGUAAAUUGACACACAUCCCAGAAAACGAAAGUAGAAGGAACGGUAAGUCAUUGAUCGAAAGGAGUUCAGUAGUUUGUAACACUACCCGCGGCCGCGAUAUACGACAGAGCCAGAAAAUGUUGAAAUACUUUCAAAAACAUGAGCCAUCUACCUCAAAAUGGGAGUGUUACAAGUGUAAAAGAGAAAUAGCACCGAGAGAGAAAUGUAGAAACUGCCAUAGGAGGUUUAACAUGGAGAAAGACAGAGAAUUGAAGGAGAAUAUAGAAAGCACCACAGACGAUAAGGACCAAAAAUCGAAAUUGAAAAUUGAAAAAUUUCAGAAAAGGAAAUCUUUUGAUGAUAAUGUGGGAAUUGGAAUAGACAUUAUAAAAAACCCAUCAUCUCAACCUGCUCAAGGGGCAGAUACAGAAUCUGACAGGUCUCCCAAUGAAGUUAAGGGUACAGGAGCUAAAUCUGAAGUCCGUGAAUGUAGUGAGGGCACACAGAGACAAGACGAUGAUAGUGGGUGGGUGUGUAAGAUUUGUCACAAUGCUGGAAACCAUAGUUCAGAGUGCGAGAUGUGUCUACAAAGAAAGAAAGAUUCCUAUGAUGAAGGGGACAUAAAAAACAGAAAGAAAAGGAAAAAUUUGAACAGAAGUAGACUUAAAGCAGGACAUAGCAUAAGAAUGGAUGAAGAGAGGGAUAGACAAAAGAAAAUAGCUAAAAGAAUCUCCUCAAAUAUUGAAGAGUAUUGCAAAAAGAACAAUAUUCACUAUGAAGAUAAGAGUUUUCCUGAUCCUAAUGCCCCUGUUCAAGAUGAAGAGGAGUGGAAAAGGAUAGAACAUAUUAAGGACAAAAGCUGUAAGGGGAAAGAACCCUGGACCAUAUUCCACAGCCCUAGCCCUGAUGAUGCAAUACAGGGAUCAGCAGAAAACUGCUGGUUCCACUGUUCAUUAAGUUUGCUGGCCCAGAGGGAGGACCUUCUGAAGGACAUUUUUAUCACACAAAGUUUUAGUCCAGAGGGCAUAUACCAGGUGCGUCUAUGUAAGGAUGGUGGGUGGAAAACUGUCCUUGUGGAUGACCGCUUUCCCUGUGACAAAGAUGGACAUCUGAAAUAUGCCAGACCCCAUAGAAGGCAGCUUUGGGUGAUGUUGUUGGAGAAGGCUGCAGCCAAACUUCAUGGAGGUUAUCGUGCUUUGGAUGCUGGGCUUGUUGUGGAGUCUCUAGCUCUGUUGACUGGAGAACCAUGUGAUCACAUUGAUCUUGCUGGAUCAGAUAUCCAGAAAAAAGAUGACAAGAAGCUUAAAAAAGACCCAGAUGAACUAUGGAAGGAAUUGAAGGAAUGGAAAGAGUCUAGGUAUUUGCUGGGUGUAAGCACUGCCUCAGAUCCACAGAAAACUCACCAGGAACUGGCCGCUGGGCACUGUUAUCCCAUUCUGGAAACUAGAGAGACCACAGAUGGCAAAAAACUGAUAAAAUUAUGGACAUCCGCGGACCAUGAGCACUGUAUCACAGGCUGUCUGAAAAACUCAACCUUGUAUAAAGAUAGAAAGAAACUCUUGAGGAACCUGAAGAAAGGAGAAUUUUGGAUUUUAUUUGAAGAAGAGUUUAUGAAGUGCUUUAAUUACCUGGCCGUGUGCAAGGCAUUGGAUAGCUGGUAUGAGUCUCGGUUUAAGGGAGUGUUUCCCCCCAGCCUCAGUAAAGACUGGAAGUAUUACACAUUCAGACUCGUGAAUGAUACCAAACUGAAACUAUGCCUUUUCCAGAAAAGCAUGAGGGGAAGUGGUAUGGUGGCAGAGACCUUCACAGAUUUGCUGAUCAUGGUGCUUCAGAACCAUGUGGAUGGGUCAGGACUUCCUUUUAAGCAGGCUCCGCUGUUUAGCCGAGUAAUGAAUUACAGUGAACGACGAGCACGCAGUCUCACUAUGUGUGAGGUCAACCUCUCUCCUGGAAGUUACACUGUGGCUUGCUUCUCAUUUGGGAAGUUAAUGGAAGAUGGUGAUUAUACCGAGGAGAACUUCGUGAACUAUACCUUGAGCAUACACAGUUCUGUCCAGCUGUUGUUUAUGGAUGACUGUGAAGUGAACAACACCAGUUUUCCUGAGCUGACAUAUGCCCCUGCAGAUGCCCUGAUUACUCUUGCAAAACAAUGCAUGAUGGAGGAAAGAUUCAACAUAGAAGAUGUUCAGUCUAAAAUCCGACAAAGUGUAAUUGCUGAUGGUGUGUGUUGCAUAAUGUUUAUGUUCUACGGAGAAAUAUGUGUGUUUAUCAAUGAGAGUAGUGAAGGAUACGCUUAUCAGAGGCAAUAUGGGAAGAAAAGUGCCUACCUAUUGUCGAUAAGACAUAAAAUGACAACUAUAGAUUACAUUCCAGCCAGGUCAGGGCGUGUGAUAAAUAUAGUAACUCCUAUGGACCCACAGACAGACUGGUAUGUUGCUGCUCAAAAGAAUGGAGUUCCUAGUGAAAAGCAAUUUGACAGUAAUCCACAAAUUCCUCACUUUCUUGAAGGUCUGCUCAAAGUGAGACCCAUUCCAGAAAUCAUGUAGCAUAUAUAUGUGAACAUGUUCAACCUGUUUCUCUGUGAUAUGAAAUAAAAUGUAUAACAUACACAUAUAACAAGUCACCAAUUAGCUCACCAAACAACGGGACAUUUUAAAAGCUUACUUUUGCUUUAGCUGAGAUUUUGUUCAGCUCACCUGAGUCAAAGACUCUGAAGAAAGCUUUUCUGAUUCAAGUUUCUGCAGCAUGUGUUUGUGUGCCUAAAGGUAUCACAUUAACUUUCACAGCAAUGCAAUUUUCAUUCCAUAUUGUGAUGAGGUAGUUUUCACAUUCACCAAACAACAUUUCAUGUUCUAUUUUUUUAAUGAUAUAUAAUAUUAAUAUUGUCUGUGUAAUUUUAUAAUGAAAAUACAUUCCACAUCAUUGAAUGAGAUUAUUUUGUAAUAGGUCUGUAACUGGUUUUAUGGUGGGGUUUUUUUUGGGGGGUGUUUUUUUUUUUGUGUACUGGAUUGUAAUGUGUCUGUGAUAGUGAUAUGUGCUUUAUAGGUUGUUGAGUUAUUUAGAUCGAAUUCUACAUAUUGAGAUUAAUAUUCUCAACAUCUUGCUUAUGAAUAGAAGAAUGUAUAAGAUUCACAAUAUCGGUUAUACAACUAAUUUCCUUUUCUUCCUCUAUGCAUGGACUUACAAAUGUUUUACAUAACAACAAAAUGAUACAAACAUUUCUGCUGUAACUUUGAAUCAUGGGACAAUAUAGACUAUAUAUGAACAAAGUUCUCAGCUUUAUACAUGCAUGCCGAUUGGACUCAAUUGUGAUUCUCUGUCAAAUUGAAACUUAUAAGCAACUUUUCUAUUUCCUUUGUACUUAUGUUGGCUUUUUUCUAAAUAGUUUGCAAUGUUUUGUUAUUUUUUUAAGUUCAUUUAUUCUUGAUAAUCACACACACACACACACACACAUUUCUCUCUGUUAUUUUCACUAUAUAUUUUACUUCAUUAUUGCCUUCAGUUGAAAUAUAUCAUUAGUAUCCAUUAACAAUUAUAAUUUAAUAUUCUUAAACUAAAUGCACAUACUUGUUAGAAAUAUUGCUCUUAUGAUCCCCCAGAGUUUUUGUACUUUUCAGAGAAUUUCAAAUACCAAAAAUGGCUUCUGAUUGGCAGAGACAAAACCAAAUUUUCUAUAAAGGCUACAUGGAAAGUCGUGAAACCUGUUACAAAUAUUCCCUAACUGAUUUGAACAAUAUUUUGUUUUUGAGUGAUUGGGAUUGUGGUAAAACUGAGACAAAAAAUUCUUCCUCUGGAGCUUCUUUAGAACUUCUGUGACUGUAUGAAGCCACAAUUUUUUUAACUACUCGUUAUGGUCCUGAAGAAGAAUAAUUAAGCUGUUACUUUUCCGGAUUAAUGGAAUUUCAGUUUGGGUGUCACUGUGGCAUAGCUUAAAAUUACAUGUAUGAUUGGCAGAGACUUCUUCCAUUCCCUUUUUCAUUUUUUCAGUUCCUCUAGUGGCCCUGAAGAAGAGUUGUUACUUUGGAGCAUCUGAAUUCUAAGAUGACUACUGUACCAUGGCUUUUGAUUGGCUUGGUCACAAAAACAUAUUUUUGUUAAGGACAUAUGUGACAUUUCUCAAUAUAUAAUUUUUCGUGACAUUUUGGGUACAAUUUACUUACAUCUAUCUUGUCUCUACAAAUAAAUGGGGAUAUAGUAAACACCAGUUUUGUUUUCGAGUUCACAAAUUUUGAUAGUUCCUGGUUGUGGCGAGUAAAAAUGUAAAGUCAGCUCUUGCGUAUUAUAGAAGGUUGUAUAUAUGGGCAUUACUAAGUUAUUGAAGCAAAGACGAAUAGAAAAAUCUUUGGGUACCUUUACAUUACUAGAUAGGUGAUCUGACCAUUGAGCUAACCAGGGCAACACACAAAGUAUAGAAAUAUUACUACACUAUGAAAUUUAAACAUUUCGGAAAUCAUACAAGAACUCUUCAUAUAGAGGUGAAAAUAUAAUUUUGGAAAAAAUGUCACAUGUAACCUUAAGAGCUUCUGCAUGCCAAGUCCUCUUUAGAUUUAUUGUCCUAUGAAGAUAGUUAUAAUCAUGUGUUUGAUUUAGGUUAUGAGAGCCUUCUAUAAUUUUAUUUCUAUAUGUUUCUGCAUUGCAUCUAUCCCAACUGCAGUGUUUCGUGUAAAUUUUGCUUACAUUAUAUGUUUCAUUGUAUGAACAUGUUGCCAAGUCAUUCUUUCACAAUACAUGUAUGUACUAAUUUGUGCAAUUUACUGUAAAAAUACACUUCAGCAAUCUGUUGUAUUAAUAGUUGUUCUUGUGACAACGUACCGUCUCAAGGCCAAAACUAAUCUUCACAAUAAACAGUCAAUCCCAUUUC